AUGCACUACCCCACCAGGCCUGUGGACAAGGACAAGGCAGAGCAUGAGCUCGUUAUAAACAUCAAGAAGGCCACUAGUCCAGAAGAGACUGCGCCAAAGCAGAAGCACGUCCGCAAGUGCAUUGUGUUUACAUGGGACUAUCAUUCGUCGAUAUCAUUCUGGAGUGGACUUCGCGUCCAACCUAUACUGGCAGACGAAGUCCAGACAUUCAAAGCUUUGAUCACGGUUCACAAAGUGUUGCAAGAGGGACAUCCAACUACCAUUAAGGAAGCCCAUGGCCAAACAGCUUGGUUGGAAACGUGCGCGCGGACGGUCGGUACUGAUGGCCAGCGAGGAUAUGGGCCUCUGAUACGAUCGUACGUUCAAUUUAUACUCGCCAAGCUAAAGUUCCAUCGUCUACGGCCUGAAUUCAACGGACUUUUUGAAUACGAGGAAUACGUUACUCUAAAGGGUAUCGACGAUCCUAAUGAAGGGUACGAAACGAUAUCAGACUUGAUGUCCCUCCAGGACCAGAUCGAAUCAUUCCAGAAGAUGAUAUUCUCUCACUUCCGGCACUCGACGAACAACGAGUGCCGUAUCUCGGCUUUAGUUCCAUUGGUCAAGGAGAGCUGGGGGAUCUACCGUUUCAUUACGAGCAUGCUUAGGGCGAUGCACAGACGCACAAAUGAUAUGGAUGCUUUGGAACCAUUACGGGAGCGAUAUGCGGGCCAGCAUUAUAACCUCAGAAAAUUCUACUACGAAUGCUCCAAUCUCAAGUAUCUGACCGGCUUGAUCAAUGUUCCGAAGUUAGGACAUGAACCACCCAACCUCUUGGAUGGCGGCGACGCCCCAGAUCUACCGGCUAGACCCAAGACCGCCGUGAAGUCGCCAUCUCCACCACCAUCGGCUCCAGCCCCAAGCGCCGCGGAGAUUGACGAACAAGCCCGAAUGCUGAAAGAAUACGAAGACAAGCAAGCAGCGCUUCAAGCACAACGCCAGGCGGAGGAACAACAACGACUAGAACUUCAGCAACAGCAGCAAAUGGAGUUUGAACAACGACAACGGGAGCAGGCAGAGCGCGAACGUCUAGCACAGGAGCAACUCAUGCAGCAACAGAUGAUGUACCACAACCAGGCAGCACAGCAACAAGCUGGCGACCUCGAGAGGGAACUCCUUGCCAUGAGGGGUCAGUACGAACGAGAUCAGAUACUACUUGAGCAAUACGACCGACGAGUGAAAGCCUUGGAGGGCGAGCUCAACAGCAUAUCGCUUAACGUCAACUCGCAAUUGUCAACGAAGGACGACUUACUAAAGCAAAUGCAGGAGCAAAUCAACCUUUGGCGUAGCAAGUACGAAGCUUUGGCCAAGUUGUAUAGCCAGCUUCGCACGGAGCAUCUGGAUAUGUUGUCGAAAUUCAAGCAACUCCAACUGAAGGCCAAUUCAGCUCAAGAGGCUGUCGAUCGCAUGGAGCGGAUGGAACGUGACCUUAAGGCAAAGAAUCUAGAGCUAGCAGAUAUGCUACGAGAACGCGACAGAGCGAGGUUCGAUAUCGACAGGCAGAAGUCAUCACACAAAGAGGAGAUUGAUCGCUUACGCCGUGAGUUGAACUUCGCCAACGAACGCGCAGAAGAUGCCUCUCGUUCCAAGAGCUCGGAAGUAUCAUCAGUUCUCAGCAAGUACAACCGUCAAAUAAGCGAAUUGGAAGACUCGCUGAGGGCCAAGCAAAUGCAAAUUGAUGACCUACUGACUAAAUUCGACGACGCUACUGCUGAAAUGGAGCGCCUGAAGGAUGAGAAGGACCAGGAAAUCUUGAUCCUCCAAGAAGGCAUGGAUGCCACGCUUCAACAGCUCUCCGAAGCCCAACAGAAUCAAGGAAUAGUGGAUGAAACUACAAAUGCCCAGAUCGACACUCUCAUUUUGGAUAACAGGAAGAAGCUUAAUCAGAUCAUAGAUUCUAUCCUCCAGGCAUGCGUUCAGAAGGUGGACGAUGCUAUCUACGAGUUGGAGUCACCAACACAAGCCGGCAACCUCAACUCUACGCCAGAAUAUACUUUGUCGAUGAUCGAGAAGUCCAUCAACAACGCAAAUGAAUUCGCGACCGUUUACCUCCUGUAUCUUUCCGGUGAUCCUGGAGGCGAGCACGUAGAUGUCAUCAAGGGUGCCAACGAGCUGGCGCAAUCGUUGUCCGACGUGUUAAUCAACACCAAAGGCAUUACAAGGCUGGCCAGUGAUGAUGAUGCCUCCGACCGUUUGGUCGGCGUUGCCAAGACUGCUGGAGAUGUUGGGCUGCGUUUCUUCUUGAACUUGCAAUCCUACAAGAUGGGUCUUUUGGAACCAAAGCAACGUUCUGAUGCAGCCAUGCGCAACAAUGGUGAAGUCAGGGGUGCCCUGACCAAGCUGUCGGAAGUCGUGGAGGCCAUCAUACCGAAAGGAACCAAGGGUGGUGCCCUUGCACGAGCAAAUGGUGACAUUGGCGACAUCGUUGAGCAAGAAAUGAACAGUGCCGCCCAAGCAAUUGAAGCGGCUACAAAGCGACUUCAAGAACUCAUGGCUCGUCCCCGAGAUUCUUCGCGCUUCAGCGCUGUUGAUCUCCAAGUCCACGAUUCGAUCCUUUCUUCUGCUAUGGCCAUCACCAGUGCUAUCGCCCGGUUGAUACAAGCCGCUACAGAGUCGCAGAAGGAGAUUGUCGCUCAAGGGAAAGGAUCUAGUUCGAUGCAACAAUUCUACAAGCGGAACAACAGAUGGACUGAGGGACUUAUUUCUGCCGCCAAGGCCGUCGCUUUUGCCACCAAUUUGCUCAUCGAGAGUGCCGAUGGUGUCUUAUCAGGUACACACUCGUUGGAGCAACUCAUCGUUGCAUCAAACGAAGUAGCUGCGGCGACCGCCCAGCUCGUUGCUGCAUCGCGUGUCAAGGCGAACUUGAUGUCGAAGACCCAAGAGCGUUUGGAGCUCGCGGCCAAAGGCGUCACAGAAGCAUGCAAAGCACUCGUAAGACAAGUCAAGGCCGUAUCUGCACGGCAGUCGGAAGAAGAAUACGUCGACUACAAGAACAUGGCUGUCCUCGAAUUCAAGACACGGGAAAUGGAGCAGCAGGUGGAGAUUUUGAAGCUGGAAAAAGAACUCGGUGCCGCUCGCCACAGACUAGGUGCCAUGAGACGAGCGGGAUACCAUACGGACGAGACGGAUUAG